ACUUAAAUGCGACGCGACUCUGUAUGGCCCGCAGCUUUUUCAGCUUGUUGCAAAAACGGAUGUUCCUUCUGUAACAGGCCCAUGUCUGAAAACCCAGACAGACGGUCACAUUUCAAGAGAAAGUCGGCAACACUCGAGUCCGUCGGUCCAAACAGCAGCAGAGCAAGAUGGAGUGUGAGUGGAAGCCAGACGAGCAAGGACUUCAACAAAUUUUACAGCUGCUCAAGGAGUCUCAGUCGCCAGAUACGUCCACACAGAGAUCCGUCCAGCAAAGACUUGAGCAGCUGAACCAGUAUCCAGACUUUAACAACUAUUUAAUAUUUGUUUUGACCAAGUUAAAAUCAGAAGACGAACCGACGCGGUCCCUGAGUGGGCUGAUACUGAAGAACAAUGUGAAAGCCCACUAUCAGAACUUCCCUAAUGGUGUGUCGGAUUUCAUCAAGAGCGAGUGCCUCCAAAACAUUGGAGACUCUUCUCCCCUUAUCCGUGCCACUGUGGGUAUCCUCAUCACCACAAUCGCCUCCAAAGGAGAGCUACAAAACUGGCCGGAGCUUCUGCCUAAACUCUGCCAGCUGCUGGACUCUGAGGACUACAACACAUGUGAGGGAGCGUUUGGAGCCCUGCAGAAGAUCUGUGAAGACUCUGCUGAGAUCCUGGACAGUGACAUGCUGGAUCGUCCUCUUAACAUCAUGAUCCCCAAGUUCUUACAGUUUUUCAAACACAGCAGUCCUAAGAUUAGGUCUCAUGCCAUUGCCUGCGUCAAUCAGUUCAUCAUCAGCAGGACCCAGGCUCUUAUGCUGCACAUCGACCCUUUCAUUGAGAACCUGUUUGCUCUGGCAACAGAUGACGAACCAGAAGUGAGGAAGAAUGUGUGCAGAGCUCUAGUCAUGCUGCUGGAAGUUCGCCUGGACCGUCUCCUGCCACACAUGCAUAACAUCAUAGAGUACAUGCUACAGAGGACUCAGGACCAAGAUGAAAAUGUUGCCUUGGAGGCCUGUGAGUUCUGGCUUACUCUGGCGGAGCAGCCGGUGUGUAAGGAAGUGCUGUGUGGACACCUCUCCCAGCUCACUCCGGUUCUUGUCAACGGGAUGAAGUAUUCUGAGAUUGACAUUAUCCUGCUCAAGGGCGACAUUGAGGAAGACGAGGCCAUUCCCGACAACGAACAAGACAUCAGACCACGCUUCCACCGAUCGCGCACAGUUGCCCAGCAGCAUGAGGGCGAUGGGAUCGAGGAAGAGGAAGAUGAGGAUGAUGAACUGGAUGAUGAUGAUACUAUCUCUGAUUGGAACCUGCGUAAGUGCUCAGCAGCAGCGUUGGACGUGUUGGCCAACGUGUUCAGGGAUGAUCUGCUGCUGCACAUUCUGCCCCUUCUCAAAGAGUUGCUCUUCCAUCCAGAGUGGGUAGUUAAAGAGUCUGGCAUCCUUGUGCUGGGGGCUAUCGCUGAAGGCUGUAUGCAGGGCAUGAUCCCAUAUCUGCCUGAGCUCAUUCCCCAUCUCAUCCAGUGUUUGUCUGACAAGAAGGCCCUGGUGCGUUCAAUCACCUGCUGGACACUGAGCCGCUACGCCCACUGGGUUGUCAGCCAGCCCCCAGAUAUUUACCUGAAGCCCCUAAUGACGGAGCUGCUCAAACGUAUUCUGGAUAGCAACAAGCGUGUGCAGGAGGCCGCUUGCAGUGCCUUUGCCACUCUGGAGGAGGAGGCUUGCACAGAGCUGGUGCCCUACCUGGCGUUCAUCCUGGACACACUGGUGUUCGCUUUCAGCAAGUACCAGCACAAAAAUCUGCUAAUUCUUUACGACGCCAUAGGAACUCUGGCGGACUCAGUGGGACACCAUCUGAACAAACCGGAGUACAUCCAGAUGUUGAUGCCUCCACUAAUCCAGAAAUGGAACCAGUUGAAAGAUGAAGACAAAGAUCUCUUCCCUUUAUUAGAAUGUCUGUCGUCAGUAGCCACAGCCCUGCAGAGUGGCUUCCUGCCCUACUGUGAGCCUGUGUACCAACGCUGUGUCAACCUAGUCCAGAAGACCCUCGCUCAGGCCAUGCUUCACCAGUCACAGCCAGACCAGUAUGAGGCCCCUGACAAAGACUUCAUGAUCGUGGCUUUGGAUCUUCUCAGUGGACUGGCUGAGGGUUUGGGAGGCACCAUUGAGCAGCUGGUUGCUCGUAGCAACAUCCUCACUCUCAUGUACCAGUGCAUGCAGGACAAAAUGCCUGAAGUUCGUCAGAGUUCGUUUGCUCUGCUGGGGGAUCUGACCAAGGCUUGUUUCCAGCAUGUCAAACCAUGCAUCGCUGAUUUUAUGCCCAUACUGGGUACUAAUUUAAACCCAGAGUUAAUAUCAGUGUGCAACAAUGCAACAUGGGCAAUUGGAGAGAUAUCUAUACAAAUGGGGUCUGAAAUGCAGCCGUACAUUGCCAUGGUGCUGCACCAGCUGGUGGAGAUCAUUAACAGGCCCAACACCCCAAAGACUCUACUGGAGAAUACAGCAAUAACAAUUGGUCGUCUUGGUUACGUUUGUCCUCAAGAGGUGGCACCCAUGCUACAGCAGUUUAUAAGACCCUGGUGCACCUCUCUACGAAAUAUAAGAGACAAUGAGGAGAAAGACUCUGCGUUCAGAGGAAUUUGCACUAUGAUCAGUGUAAAUCCGGGAGGUGUAGUGCAGGAUUUUAUAUUCUUCUGUGACGCAGUGGCCUCCUGGGUAAAUCCAAAGGAUGAUCUCAGAGACAUGUUCUACAAGAUCCUUCACGGGUUUAAGAACCAGGUGGGAGAGGACAACUGGAGGCGAUUCUCAGAUCAGUUCCCGAUGCCACUGAAGGAACGGCUGGCAACCUUUUACGGGGUGUAACUGUUUCCACAGCAGGGUGCCUCUUCACUGGGGUCAUUCACAAUGGGAGACAAAAUAGGGAACCUCUUUUACCCAGGGAACAUGUUACCCUUUACUGGGGGGAAGGGUCUGCCUGCUCAGGGGAGGGAAGGGGUGCGGACCCCUCCCCGACCUGGUGGACGGGGUGGGAGGGAGGUGGGAGCUGCAGUGCUCAAAGCCCCUAUGCACAGGCAAAGGGGGAAAGGGACUGGCAGUACAACCUUAUCGUGGGAGGAAAAUUCAUGUUAUCACAUCUCAACCCAAAAUAAUGAAAUUUAUCACAUUCUUCUUUUUUUUUCUCUCUUUUUUUUUUCUUUUACCCAAAACAUUUUAUUUUCUGUCACCAAACUACUGAAAAGAAUUGUAAGCAAAUAUGGAGAAAACUUUGCAAAACUCUGAAGCAUUUGCUCUUUCAUUUUAGUUAGAUGACGAAUUUUCACAUAUUGAAAGGCUAGUGCAGAAAAUGGUCUUCAGAGCCGAUACACAUUUAUAAUCAUGUCAGUCAGGUAAAUGACAUGUGGUAGUUUAAUGAAACAAAAUUCUACCUGGCGAACUGAAGACUGUUCUCAAUUGACCGAGUGAAGUCAAGAGAUAUUUUCUAGAGAUAGUACACAGAUAGCUCAAAGCUAAGGAAUGAGCAUCCUAUGAUAAGAAUGCAUCGUAUUGGAUCCAUCUCUGGAGAAAAUAAUUUUAUAAUGCUGCGUAUCAUGAAGAGUAAGUUAUCACCUAUAUAGUUAUCAGAUAAUUUCAGUGUUCCUAUUCUUUAACAGGGCAAAUGCUGUUAAUUACGUCACUGGAGAGCACAAGAUUUUCUUUUUAAGAGCAGCUUUUCUGGGAAUAGGUAGCAUGCUUGUAUCAUUGUGAAAAGCUGUAGAAUAUUAGUGAUGUGUGUUGCAUUUGACAGCUGUCAUUGCCCUGUAAUAAGGUUCUUCUUUAACCUUGUAAUUUAUCAAUUUACAGUACUUUUGUUUGUUUGUUUGUUUUUUUUUUUCCUCUACCAGAGAAUUACGGCAAUCAGCUGUAAUGUAGCAUGACUGGGUUUACACACCAACUUUAGGCAAUGUGUAAAAUCUUGGCUGUGAUGUAAUGUUGGAGUGAAUCUCUCAGUUUGGUCUUGUGGUGUGAAUGUGACAUGGACAUUCAUCAGCAGGCAUAUCAAAGCUUUAGAUAAUAACAAUCCUCUACAUUGUCUGAGCCUCGUGAAAGAAAAAUGACUGAGAAGCAUGCAGGUUAACACCCUGUGAGUCGGCCAUUAUGUCUUGUUUCUUGGACUUAAACCACAAUGACACAAAUCCUGUCUUUAGUGAUUUUUAGUGACUUUGGCUGUCAGAACCAUGCAGUCCUUCAAAAUCAAUGUUGAAUAUGUUCAUUUCUCAAUGUACUGAAGUUUUUGUUAUUGGUUGUUUGGCUUCUUGUGCUAAAAGCAUGAUCUUGAGGAUGACUGUGUUCUAAUGUUUUGGGUGGUUGUGUUUUGUGGGGUACUUGGAUGCUUUCAUCUCUUGCAUGUUGGUGGCCCCUCACACCCCAACAUAUAGUGGGAAGGAGUUUAUGGGAGGGAGGGGAGCUUCAAUUAAAGGUUUUAAAAGUACAUAGUAACCACUUAGGUAUUGCAACACUGGGACAGUUAGAACUUAAUUACUAAAUCUUGCUGGAGUGUUCUCCCUAACCUUUCGCCCCAUAGCUGGAUGUAUAGUUUUUAAAUACUGUGAAACUACAAUGUUAUUGUCUUGUUUUUGCGACGUUAUAUUUUAUAAAGCGUGUAAGUGUUUAAGUUACAAAUAGGCUGAAUGUAUUCCAUGAUGGGUUGGAGAGAUAGGAGGAUAUUUUUUUUUGUUAUUAUUGUUUUAUUUUAAUUUUUUUUUAAUGCCCAGCCAGUCAUUUUUCCUCUGCUGGCCAGAGUAAUAACUGCAGUAUUUUAACUUUUUUGCGGUGCACAUGACAUGCACUUAAAUAUUAAAUUGCAAGUGCUUGAAAUUAAAGAUGUAGCCAAAACCUUCAGAAUAUGACUCUAGUGUAAAGACAGAUUAUUAAUAAAGUAUUGCUGCUAAAAAAUGCAUUUACUUAAUGCAAUAAGUAACUUGAUGCAAUUGGGUUAUUAGACUGUAAAAGUAGUUUAGUGUCAGAAAACUUUGAGCAAUGUGAAAUAUAUAAGUGGUCUCUUAGAUUUAAUAUUAAUGGGGUAAAUGUAGGAUUAUAAUGCAUCAUGGAAUACAGAGGCAAUUACUUGUAUGUGCCACAUCAUUUUGUGUUUUGAAGUGAUUUUUGUCUGUCACAUUCCAGCUGUUUGGCAUGCAAAAAAACAGAGUAAGCACGGCUUGGUGUGUGUACACAGUCCUGUUAUUCUUUCAUUGAAAGAGUGUAGGUCUAUAAAACACACAAAACAAUCCCCCACCAUUGCUGUGCUGUAUUUCUGACUCGACUGCUGCUAUACAUUGUAGUUGUGUUUCACUACUUGAAUAUGUGUUUUCUAUGUGUUAACCUCAGGUUGUCUGUGUUCAGUGUUAUUUGUUUUUAUUGUUUUCCCCGAUGUGUACGCCUUUAUCCAUCUCCUUUCAACAACUAAAGAUUAGUAAAACUCUAGCCCUUCAUAUUAGAAAUGGGUAACCAUGGGUGUUAAUUGACAUUAAUGUUAUAUGUGUGCAACACAGCUAGCUGUCAAAUGUGAUUACAACUGCAACGCUGGGGGGAAAGAAUAAUUUGGAAAUGGUAACUUGCACAUACUUUAUGUACCUUUCGUCAGAAGUGAUUGUUAUCAGACUACGAUAAAUAUUUAGUGUAAUGUGUACACAAUGCCUUGAGAGCAAGUACUUUGAGGUUUUGUUGGUGUUUUUGCAAUAGAUAUACAGUAUACUGUAUCUAAAGAAACAGGUAACACCUGAUUUAAAAGCAAAGAAAUAGGUUGACAACUUGUGGACUUAAUGUUAUAAACAUGAUGUUUGCAAAUAUGAGUUUGACUUUCUAUGAAGCUUUAUUGAAAAUUUGUAUUUUAUAAAGCACCCACCAAUAUUGAGGAAUGUCUAGUCAAAGAACUCCUGUAUUCUCAUUUAGCCUUCAAACUUGAUUAGACUAUAUGCCUUCAUCAUUUUUGCUAUUAAAAGCAGAAACAUCAUUUUGAUAGACAUGGUUUGAGUUUUUUUUUUUUUUAAUAAGCUGCUGAAUUAAAAAAAAAAAAGUAAUACUUUUGGGGCCACCAAAUAUUUUGGAUCAUGCAAAGAAUCUAUAUUGUACUGUAGUAAUUUUGUAAUAUUUGUAAGAUGAUAUAGUGAGUGUGACUGGUUACCAUUGCUUGAAUCUGUACAUUGUUCCAAUAAAUUGUUUACAUUA